AUAAUAAUUUAGGUAGGAAGAGUAAAGAAAUAAAUUAAGAAAUCAAAUUUGUAAUAAACCAUGUUAUUAAACAGUGCUAGACAAAUUGUUACCGCGGCCAAGAAACCAUUUUUAAGUGUAGUCCGUCACAAGGCCGCAUACGAGGGAGAAGGGAAGACAACAGUGCGCAUCCUCAACCAGGACACGGAGCUGGGACUGAUGAUAGAUUCAUAUUCCACAUAUGGCUUCAGGCUAAACAAUGGCGUCACAGUAUUGGGACCCAUGGCAAUAUUUUCUAAGACCGUGCUGUCGUGGCAGGUGCGCGGCUCGUACGAGAUCACAGAGGAGUCGUUGCGACUCUUCAAGCUGCUCGAACCCAAAAUUGAUCUAGUGAUACUGGGCUUGGAGACGAAGGAGCGCGAGCCUCUGAACGCGGUGUACCGUGCGGCGCGCUCGGCCGGACUCAACGUGGAACUGCUGGGUGUCGAGCACGCCUGCUCCACAUUCAACUUCCUCAACGCGGAGGGCAGGUCUGUGGCUGGUGCGCUGGUCCCGCCGCUGUCGGUGGAGCCCUCACCUGACGACAUGCUGCGCGCCAAGCUGCACUACAACAACCUCUACCAGCAGCGGAUCACGUAGACCACUCCCACACAAAUACUGCACACCCUGUAUAUAACUAUAUAUAUUGUAUUACUGUUAUUUAGUUA